UAGUAUUUUACCUUUGAGUAACUGUCCCCAGCUGCAGUGCUGCAGGCACAUCGUUCCAGGGCCUCUGUGGUGCUCCGAUGCCCCUCACCCACUGUCGAAGAUCCCCGGUGGGCGAGGGGGUGGCAGGGAUCCUUCUCUUUCAGCUCUCAUAUAUAAGGAUGAGAAGAUCACUGUUAGCCAAGAUGUCCCAGUGCACGAAGGGAAGCCUCACAUUGUCCACUUCCAGUACAAGGUCACAGAGGUGAAGACCUCCUCCUGGGAUGCAGUGCUCUCCAACCAGAGCCUCUUUGUGGAAAUCCCUGAUGGAUUAUUAGCUGAUGGAAGCAAAGAAGGGUUGUCAGCACUGCUGGAGUUUGCUGAAGAAAAGAUGAAAGUCAACUAUGUCUUCAUCUGCUUCAGGAAAAGCAGAGAAGAUCGAGCUCCUCUCCUGAAGACAUUCAGCUUCCUGGGCUUUGAGAUCGUGCGGCCUGGUCACCCCGUGGUCCCGGCACGGCCAGACGUGAUGUUCAUGGUGUACCCCCUGGAUCAGAACUCUUCCUCCGACGAAGAAUAGCUGCAGGGGGGACUCAGCGGGACCCCGACAUGCUGUGGAGGGGAGAGAGGGUUCCGCCUCCUUUCUUGAGGAAAGGCAAACCAAGCUUCUGUCGGACUGCAAGCGCAUUUCUCAUUGUUAGAUUGGGCUGUGUACCCCCAGAGUUGACUCUCAUUGCAGCGCGUUGCCUAGAGAACUAUCUCUCACCCUUGUAACCAUCACUAGGAGAAGGAAGAUGUGGAUGAACUGGC